AUGGCCACUAACCUGAGGACGACCACUUUCAACUCCUGUCCUGCCUCGACCGAAACUGACGACGAAGGCGUGCAAGGCACCUGCGAAGAUGCUUCCAUCUGCAAGAGGUUUGCAGUGAGCAUUGGCUACUGGGAUGACCCUUACCUCCAGCACUUUGUGAGGCUGUGCAAAGAGAGGAAGGCCCCGGAAAUUAACAGAGGAUAUUUUGCUCGAGUCCAAGGCAUCAGUCAGCUCAUAAAGGCGUUCCUACAGAAGACAGAAUGUCACUGUCAGAUUUUAAACCUUGGGGCUGGGAUGGAUACCACCUUCUGGAUAUUAAAGGAUCAAGAUCUUCUCCCCGAUAAAUAUUUUGAAGUCGACUUUCCACUCAUAGUCACGAGAAAGGUGCACAGCAUCAGAUCCAGGCCUCUCCUGUCAAAGCCCAUUUUAGAGUUACAUUCAGAGGACUCACUUCAAGGCGAUGGACACAUGUUGGAUUCAAAGAGAUAUGCCAUUAUUGGAGCAGAUCUUCGAGAUUUACCCACACUGGAAGAGAAACUAAAGAAAUGUAACAUGAACACACAGUUGCCGACCCUCCUGGUGACCGAGUGUGUGCUGGUCUACAUGACUCCGGAGCAGUCUGCAAACCUAAUCAGGUGGGCAGCCAGCAGUUUUGAGACCGCCAUGUUCAUCAGCUACGAACAGGUGAACAUGGAUGACCGGUUUGGGCAGAUCAUGAUCGAAAACCUGCGGAGGCGACAGUGUGACCUGGCGGGGGUGGAGCCCUGCAAGUCCUUAGAGUCCCAGAAAGAGCGGUUCCUGUCCAACGGGUGGGAUUCGGCGUCGGCCGUGAACAUGAUGGAGCUGUACAGCAGGCUACCGCAGGCCGAAGUCAGCAGGAUCGAGUCCCUCGAGUUCCUGGACGAGCUGGAGCUCCUGGAGCAGCUCAUGACCCACUACUGCCUGUGCUGGGCCACCCGCGGGGGCAGCAAGCUAGGUCUGUCGGAGAUCACUUGCUAA